GGUCCUACACAAUGGGACCCCUUGGCAGGAAAUCCCAAAUCCAAACCUUCCUUCCCCUUCUGCUCGACGACACCCUUAUCCUAUCAUACUGGCCAUAAACGAAACCUCUCUCUCUCUCUCUCCACUUUUCUCCAUGCAGGCGGUGCUCACAAAUCCAUCUCUUUCUCGCCUCAAACUCCCUCUUCCGAAACCCAAACCCCUUACUUUCUUCCAUCCUGUCGCCGCCACCUCCCUAACCCUCCGCCACCGCCGACACCGCCGCCGCCACGGCGGCGUUCGGUCCUUCGCUUUCCGAGACCAAUUCCCGCAACCCUCAUCUCAAACCCAACCCCAGGAAGGAGAACAAGAAUUAAAGAAGGAAGGAGAGGAUUAUGGUGAAGUUAGCCGGAUCAUCGGCAGCAGGACCGUCCGAACCCCCGUCUACGGUGACGACGGCUCCGUCUCCACCACCACCAUGACGGAGUACUUGAUCGAGUGGAAAGAUGGCCACGCUCCCUCCUGGGUCCCCGCCGCCGCCAUCGCCGCCGACGUGGUGGCGGAGUACGAGACCCUCUGGUGGACCGCCGCCCGGAAGGCCGACGCCGCCGCCCUAUCGACCCUCCUUGCCGACGAGUCCACCGAACGGGACCCCGAUGCGGAGGACGCGGACGGCCGGACGGCCCUACACUUCGCGGCCGGGCUGGGUUCGGAGGAGUGCAUCCGGAUGCUGGCGGCGGCGGGAGCGGACGUGGGGCGGGCGGAGCGGGCCGGCGGGGGCCUGACGCCGCUGCACGUGGCGGCGGGGUAUGGGGUGGGCGGAGGUGGAAAGGGUGGUGGAGGGGAGGGGGAAGGGGAAGAGGAGGGAGUACUUGGUGGAGUGGAAGGACGGGGGGAGGGAGUGGGUAAGGAAGGAGUGGGUGGCGGAGGAUCUGGUGGUGGACUUUGAGGCGGGGCUGGAGUACGGGGUGGCGGAGGCGGUGAUGGGGCGGAGGGAGGCGGCGGAGGGAGGCGGGAAGGAGUACUUGGUGAAGUGGGUGGAUAUUGAGGAGGCGACGUGGGAGCCGGAGGCUAAUGUGGACCGGGAGCUGGUGGAGGAUUUCGAGCGGCGGCAGAAGGAGUCGGCGCAGGCGGCGGCGGAGGGGGAGGAGGAGGAGGAGGAGAAGGAGAAGGGGGAGGAGUCCGGUGCGCCGCAAGAGACGGCCGUAGGGUGAGAAGUCUGCAUCUCUGAUUCUUCUUUUUCUUGCUCAUUUGUAGCUUAGUUUGAUUGCAGCAACUUUGGUCGGAAAUUAUAAAGAAAUUCAUAAAACUGCAUUUGAUCAGGUUCAACUGUUUGUUGUUAAUACGCGAGAUAGAGUUCA